CGGGGGCCUCCCCUGCUUGGAACAACGCGGGAAACGGAAACGCUAUAAAGAGAAGUCGGCCGCUCACGAGAGCCUUGCUCACAGACCUCCGAGUCUGGCAUGCUGGCAGAGAUGAACAGCUGGAGUUUAUGACCCAUCACUUUACUUGUUCAUGGUGUUCAAAAAAACAUGUCCUCCCAGGAUGUCCAGAGUUUCUUCCAGCCCUUGUCCUCAUGGAUGUCUCGGGUCUAUGAGGCUGUCCAAGAAGCAGGCGACUCCAUAUCUUCUUCCUUCGCCAACCUGGGAAGCAAAGCGGAUCCCCAUCCCACCGAAGAAGGAGACGAGGACUUAGAAGACAGUGAUGAUGGCUCUUAUGAACGUUACUCUGAAGCUUCAGAUGAUGGAAGCACCUUUAGCCAGGAGAGUGGAGAAUCUGAUGACUUCUCAUCAUCUGCUCAUGACCCUACUUCUCUGGAGUCUUCCUGUGCUUCAGACCUGGGUCUUCAUCGGCACGAAGGAGACAAGAGCAGCUCCACCUUCUCAGAUCAGUAUCUCGAUGAUGAUCCCUUGACAUCCCAUGGACUCUAUCCAAGCUACAAGGGCUACCAACUUAUGGAAACCAUCCCGGAGGAAGAGGAGCAUUCCAAGCAGAGUAAGAAUCUUCUACGUAACUGUGAUGUGAAUAGCUUCGGGGAGGACGAAGACCUGACCACCUCCUCGGACAGCGACGACGAGGUGAUCAAGCAGUUUGAGAUCUCCGUUUCGCGCUCGCAGAGCUUCCGUUCGGGAGUUUCCGAGAAAGGGACGCAAGCCGGUUCCGAGCGCAGGCCCAAGUUCAACCGCUUGCUGUCGAACCACGAAGAGUACAGCUCCGAGGCCUCUGAAUGUGAAGAUCUCGACGGGUUCAGCCAACUGAGUUACCAAGACAACCUCUCUUAUCACGAAGAUGACCAUCUAUCCCUCGACUCCAGAACGGCGUCGGAGAGCAGGGGCUCUGGGCAGCCCAAAGACCCCGGGGUGGAGGUCAGCGCGACGCCCAGCCUCAGCCGGCAAGAGACAGAAGGGAGCUUGGAAAUGGAGACGGCUUUUAGCAACCAAGGAUUCGAAGGGAACGACGCCACGGACAGCUCGUCGGCCUGGAGCCCGGAGGAUCACGAAGGAGCGAGUGCCCUUCCGGCUCCGCCAAGCAGCCGCGUGCCAAUUUCCAAGUGCGGCGACCUGGACGUCCUCUUUGAGUACAAGUCCUCGAGCCAAAAGCUGCUGGUGACGGUUCUGCAGGCGAAGGAGAUUCCUGACAAGGACCGCAGCGGAGCCAGCUCCUGGCAGGUGCACGUGGUCCUGAUGCCCAGCAAGAAGCAGAGAGGGAAGACCAGCAUCCAGCGAGGCCCCAGCCCCGGGUUCAAGGACAAGGUGACCUUCAGCAAGUUGGCGCCGGAGGAGCUGAGCAGCUAUGCCCUCCGGUUCCGCCUCUACUCCGUGCGCAAAAUGAUCAAAGAGAGGAUGAUGGGGGAGCACCUGUUUUACCUCAGCCACCUGAACCAGGAAGGGGAAAUGAAGGUCACACUAGUCUUGGAGCCAAGGAGCAACUUGUGUAGCGGAGGCUCCCAGAUGAGUCUCUCGGCCAUCUCUCACAGCGACAGUGCUUCUUCGACUCAGUCCCUGUCACACGGAGGGGUUCCAGAACUGCUGGUGGGCCUAUCCUACAAUGCCACGACGGGGCGGCUGUCUGUCGAAAUGAUCAAAGGCAGCCACUUCCGGAACCUGGCUAUUAACAGGCCGCCUGACACUUACGGAAAGCUCUGCCUCCUCAACUCCGUUGGCCAGGAGAUGUCCCGCUGCAAGACGUCCCUCCGCCGGGGGCAGCCGAAUCCCGUCUACAAAGAGACUUUCGUCUUCCAGGUUGCCUUGUUCCAGCUGUCGGACGUCACGCUGAUGAUCUCCGUCUACAACCGCCGCAGCAUCAAGCGCAAGGAGAUGAUUGGCUGGCUCUCCAUGGGGCAGAACAGUAGCGGGGAGGAAGAGCUGAGCCACUGGCAGGAGAUGAAGGAAUGCAAGGCUCAGCAGGUGUGCCGGUGGCAUACUCUCCUGGAAUCCUAAGGGGAACAGCCUCCGAAGUCCCGGCGUGGCGGUUGUCUCCUCCCGAGGCCCAGAGGGUUAGGCCAACCCUCCCCGGCGUCCGAAACACGAAGGACAGCCAAGUUCCUGUUAUGAACUGGACUUCUGACGAUUUUUACUAGUCACAGUUGUACUUGCACUCUUCCCCUCCC